CAUGAACAUGAAGUAGGCCCCCCGAAUGAACAUCCUACAUACAUGUAUCAUAUUCUCACACUAAAACAGUUCGCAUCCUUAGAGAGGCGCCACCAGGUGGACGGAGCGUCGGGGAAGGUCGCAGUGGUUGGAGAUGGAAUGACCCGGAGGCCACCACCCGGAUUUUCCCGGCAUUGGGACGCCGAAGAUGUGGUAGUGCCAAAUCUCCACGGUGGUG